AUGGCCAGGUAUUUGCUGUUCCUUGUAUUCGUGAAAGUUUUUCUACCAAAUGUAGUCUCUUCCUCUCAGUGUUUUGAACCUGACUGCAGCAAAGCAGAAUUUAACCACAAUCCUUUUAGCUGUCUCGCUCCAUCAUUCUGGGCUUCAAUAACACCAUGUUGGUCUACAUGUAACGGUCAAAGACAAUCUCCAGUCAACAUAAGAAGGAGCCAUGCUGUCUUUAAUUCAGAUCUCCGGCGCUUGAGUUUCAACAUUGGAGUUAACCAAAGAUUUUUGAUCUCCACUACUAAUGAAGGAUCAACGACAAGUUACAAAAUAGAAGAAAGAGAUAUAAUUUUGUCUAACUUGGAGCAAUUUGGUCUCAGUGGAAAGUCGUUUAAGUUGGAUUCUUUUCACUUCCACGCGGGGAGAUUUCAUAACAGUAAGGGAUCCGAACAUUCAUUUGACAAUGAAUUCCAACCCAUGGAGCUUCAUUUGGUGUUCUACAACACAAAGUACCCGGAUGUUGAAACAGCAGCUGAUCGUGCAGACGGGUUGGUUGUUAUUGGAGUCAUGGUACAGGUGAAACCUAGUUUUUUGCUGAAAUCCUUCCCUGGUUGUGUAGAUGAUUAUAAAUGGACUUUAAGUGAUCUCAUGAGUAAAACUUUGACAAACAUUGAGAAAUACCAAGACUGCACUGAAACUGCUCCCAUGAUAUCCACAUACAUAAGCUUGAAGAAUUUAUUACCAUCUGAUCGGAUAAGCUACUAUUCCUACCAAGGAUCCUUAACCACGCCCCCUUGCUCCGAGACUGUUACAUGGGUGCUGAUGAACUCUGGAAUCUAUGGAAAAAUUAUCUAUGAAAAGAACAAUCAGUUAGCAUUGACCAUGACUAAGAAAACCCCAGCAUGUUCAGCAUUGGUAAUCCAGAUUUUUGUUCCAUUAAGGAUGUAG